GCAAAAAGGACUCACCAAGGUUGGCAUCGUGUACAUCGAGUCCCCUUGGAUGACUCUCUCCAGUCUCCAUUGCCACCACUACCCUCGAACCCUCAAACCCUCAAACCCUCCUCGUCCUGCUCUGACAAACAUCAUUGCGCAUAUGAGGUGUUUUGACUGCUUGACCUGUUGAUCGUUUCAACCACCACCACCAUCACCUAUUUUACCUACCCCCUACCCUACCCUACCCUACCGUUCUUCUGCAGCGCUACUUGUGUUCGCCAUCUUAUUGCUCUUCGCUCAAUCCCAAUCGAUAUCCACCAUGGCAGAAUCUCAAUUAACUGCAGAAGACAAGCAUAUGAGGCGCAUCCCUGCCGACCUCCCUCCUACCCCGCCAGAUUCUCAAUCCGAGUCGAGUGCGAGCGACAAGGCAGAUGAUGAUUCCAUACAAGGCGGCGACGUCAACUUCCCGCUCCCGCCUAAAAGUGCAGCCCCCACAGAAGUGCUCGAAAUCGACAAAAAGACACCCGAUAGCUGGCUACCGAGAGACCCUCGACUGAUUCGUCUCACUGGUGUACACCCCUUCAAUGUCGAAGCACCCCUUUCCGACCUCUACAACGAAGGCUUCUUGACAAGUCCCGAGUUGUUCUACGUUCGCAACCAUGGCCAUGUUCCACAAGUCGAGGACGAUGCCAUUCCCAACUGGACCUUUUCGAUCGAAGGCAUGGUCGAAAACCCCAUCACCAUGACCCUCGCCGAUCUGCUGGAACAGUAUGAGCAGCACACAUACCCCAUUACGCUCGUCUGUGCUGGUAACAGACGGAAAGAACAGAACGUCGUCCGGAAGACAAAAGGCUUCUCGUGGGGCGCGGCUGGCGUAUCAACCGCUCUCUGGACUGGUGUCGUCCUCGGUGAUGUUCUCCGCAAGGCCAAGCCCAAACGAGGUGCCAAGUACGUGUGCAUGGAGGGUGCAGACAAACUGCCCAAUGGCUACUAUGGCACAUCCGUCAAGCUCAACUGGGCCAUGGACGAGAACAAAGGCAUGAUGUUGGCUCACAAAAUGAACGGUGAAAUGCUACGACCUGACCACGGAAAGCCGUUGCGAGUGGUCAUUCCUGGUCAGAUUGGAGGUCGAAGUGUCAAGUGGCUGAAGAAACUGAUCAUCACGGCUGAGCCGAGUGACAACUGGUACCACAUUUACGACAACCGCGUGCUGCCAACCAUGGUAUCGCCAGAAGAAUCUGCCAACAACCCGAAAUGGUGGAUCGAUGAGCGAUACGCCAUCUAUGACCUGAGCACCAACUCCGCCUUGGCAUACCCUGCUCACGAAGAACAGUUGGGGCUGGUCGGCGCGCCCGACAAGUACCGUGUCAAAGGCUACGCAUAUGGCGGUGGAGGUCGCCGCGUGACCCGAGUGGAAAUCUCCCUCGACAAGGGCAAGACGUGGCGACUAGCCAACAUCGACUAUGCAGAGGAUCGAUAUCGGGAAGCCUCACCUCGCAAAUUGUACGGAGGCACAGUUGACCUGGACUGGCGCGAAGCCAGUUUUUGUUGGUGCUUCUGGAAUCUGGACAUUGCCGUCUCGGAGCUAGCGGACUCCAAGGACAUUCUGGUGCGAGCGAUGGAUGAAAGCAUGAAUCUGCAGCCUCGCGACAUGUACUGGAGUGUGCUGGGGAUGAUGAACAAUCCCUGGUAUCGAGUCACGAUUGCGAAAGAAGGCGACUACUUGCGCUUUGAGCAUCCCACACAGCCUGCUCUGAUGCCCGGAGGCUGGAUGGAGCGCGUCAAGAAAUCUGGUGGCAACCUCACGAAUGGAUACUGGGGCGAGCAAAUUGGAGGCGAGAAUGCCGAAGAGCCCGUGACCGAGGCCGCACAGGAGGUCAAGAUGACCAGAGACGACGUGAAGCGGGAAAUCACCAUUGACGAUUUACGGAAACAUGAUAAUGAGGCUGCACCAUGGUUUGUCGUGAAUGGCGAAGUUUUUGAUGGUACAGCAUUCAUGAAAGAUCACCCCGGUGGUGCAUCGAGUAUCAUCUCUGCCGCUGGAUUGGACAGUACAGAUGAAUUCAUGGCAAUCCACAGCGAAACAGCCAAAUCCAUGAUGCCCUCCUACCACAUCGGCACCCUCGACUCCACCGGCCGCGCCGCUCUCGCCGGCGAAACCAUCCAAGAAGACACCAAAUCCACCUCCCCAACAUUCCUCGACCCCCGAACCUGGAAAAAAGCCAUUUUAACCUCCAAAAAAACCAUUUCCUGGGACACUCGAAUUUUCACUUUCCAACUCGACCACGACACGCAAACUCUCGGUCUCCCCAUCGGUCAACAUCUCAUGAUGCGUCUCCGCGACCCCGUCACCCGCGAAGCCAUCAUUCGAAGUUAUACACCCAUUUCCUCUCCCUCGCAAUGCGGCACCAUGGAAAUUCUCGUCAAAAUCUACUUUGCCCGUCCCGCAGCAUCCGGUCCAUCCGCAGCAGGAAGUCAAGCAGAAGGAGGAGGCAAAAUGUCCCUCGCGCUAGACUCCCUCCCUCUAGGCCACUUCGUCGAUUUCAAAGGCCCCAUAGGAAAAUUCACCUAUCUCGGCCCCGGUCUCGUCUCCCUCAACUCCCAACCCCCACCACCUCUGUCCCUCAUAAAAACCUUCUACAUGAUCUGCGCCGGAUCAGGCAUCACGCCGAUUUUCCAAGUAUUACGCUCCAUCCUCCUCAACCCCUCCGACUCUACAAAAUGUCUCGUUCUCGAUGGAAAUCGAUUGGAAGAGGAUAUUUUGUGUAAAUCCCAAUUGGACUCUUUUGCACAGAAUUAUCCGGAGAAGUUGCAGUUGGUGUAUACGUUGACGCAGGCGGGCGAGGGUUGGGAGGGGAGGAGAGGGAGGAUUUCGAGGGAGUUGUUGGGGGAGUUUGUGGGAGAGAGGAGAAAUGAAGAAGAGGGGAGGAGGGAUGGGGAGGCUAUGGUGUUGAUUUGUGGACCGGAGGCGUUGGAGAAGAGUUGUCAUACGGCGCUGAGGGAGUUGGGGUGGAGGGAUGAGGAGUUGAUGUUUUUUUAGGGGUUUUUUUUGUUGAGAGUGGUUUGUUUUUUUGGAGCUGCGGCUACGGCUGCGGCUCAGCUCAGCACUGCACAGCGUUCUGGCAGUUUGGCGUUUGAAGGAGAUGAGAUGAGAUGAAACAGAAACGCGUGGUGGCUGCAUCUUCCAAAUGAUAUUUUUUUAUGACACGGGCGAUUUAUUCAAAUGUAUGUAUCUAUGAAGUGAAAAAUAGUGCAAACAGAGAG